GCUCGACCGGUGUAUGUAAAUACAGGUUCAGCUCGUGCAGUUUAUGCGGGUACAACUCGUAGUGCUGCGCCUCAAUCGAUGAGCAUGGCGGCACGUGCCACUGCUCCGAUGAUGCUGAACGGAGCUCCCUCUGCUCCACGGAUGAGGGCUACUCAUCAAGGUGAGUGCUCAUGCCGUUGUGAAAAGGACUUCUUACAACAUCAUUCGUUUAAUAUUCGUAUUAUCGGGAGAAAACGACGUAUUUUUGGUAUUCGCCGAGGUUAG